AGGUGCAUUUAGCGUGCAGAAUCAUUUACGGCUCUGAAAGUAUGUGUGUCGUGUAUGUCUGACGUUAAAGACACACUCCUAAAAGACAGCAGACUGAUGUAAAGAUCAUUUAUGAGCGGAGAGUCGCUGCUGGACAGAAAACCCGCACCGGACUGUUGUGGAGGAUUCAAUAACCUGGAGUUCAGUCAGCAUGUUUGGGUUGCCCGAUGGGAGCACAGGACUCGUGGUCUGACCCGUCUGUUUGGUGGGCCAUAUGUGGCCUGUUAUUCGCUGGCCGUCCUAAUCCUGCUGCUCAAUGUUUACCGGAGCCACAGCGUGACGGUGGCCAUGAAGGGUCAAUCUCGCUGGGAUCUGCUGGAAAACCUGCAGGUUUAUUAUGCCGGAGCGGCUCUGAUGGCCGUCGGUUCUCUGUUGGUCAUCAGCAGUUUUCUGGCCCUCGGCGUCACAGGAACAUUUCUGGGGGAUUAUUUCGGCAUCCUGAUGGAUCAGAAGGUGACUGGUUUCCCUUUUAAUGUGAUGGACAAUCCCAUGUACUGGGGCAGCACUGCAAACUACCUGGGCCUGGCAUUAAUGAACGCCAGUCCUAUCGGGAUCGUCCUGACUGCAGUGGUGGCUUUGUCUUACAAAGUAGCGAUCGCAUAUGAGGGACCGUUCACACAGGAGAUCUACAGGCAGAGGAGUCAACGCUGCAAACACAAAUGAAGACCAGUAGAAGACCAGCAGAAAAGACCAGAAGAAGACCAGUAUACACCAAUGCAGACGCCUGACGCUUGUAAAUUGCUGAUGUACAAAUAGAAGAUAUAGUUAAAGGGACAGUCCACCCAAAAAUGUAAAUUCUGUCAUCAUUUACUCAUCCUUUACUUGUUACAAACCUGUCUUGAGUUUCUUUCAUCUGUUAAACACAGACUUAAAGGGGCAGUUCAUACAAAAAUGUAAAUAAGCUCACUGUUUACUCUCCAUCAAGUGUUUCUAAACCUAUAAGGGUGUCAUUCUUCUGUUGAACACUAAAGAAGAUAUUUUGAAGAAUGCUGAAAACCUGUAACCAUUGACUUCUGUAGUACGAAAAUAAAUAGUAUGGAAGUUAAUGGUUACCGGUUUCCAACAUUCUUCAAAAUAUCUUCUUUAGAGAAGAAACUCUUAAUGGUUUAGAAACAAGAACAGGGUGAGUAUUUUGAUCAGAAUUUUCAUUUUUGGGUGAACUGUCCUUUUAAGCAAUUCACUGCUCUUAAUACCUUCAUUGAACAUGUGUAUUAUAAACACUGACAUCCUUUUUUAAAAAAUGUACACUAUAUAUAUUUUAUAACUGCAGGUUAAAUGUAUAUAUACUGUGCGCCCUAUAUACUCAACACCUUAAGGGGACAGUUCACCCCAAAAAACUAAAAAUUCUGUCAUCAUUUACUCUCAUUUUACUUGUUUCAAAUCUUCAUGACUUUCUUCAUUCUGCUGAACACAAAAGAAGAUAUUUUGAAGAAUGCUGAAAACCUGUAACCAUUGACUUGCAUAGUAGGAAAAAUGUAUAGUAUGGUAGUCAGUGGUUUUGUUGAACACUAAAGAAGAUAUUUUGGAAAAAACCCGGUAAACACUGACUUCCAUAGUAUUUAUUUUAUAAUGGAAGUCAAUGGUUACAGGUUUCCGACAUACUUUAGAAUAUCUUCUUUAGUGUUUAGUAGAAGAAAGAAACUUAUAAAGGUUUGACUUCCGUUGUAAAAAAAAAAAAAUACCAUGAAGGUCUGUGAUUACAGGUUUCCAGAUUUCUUCAUAAUAUCCUCUUUUUAAAUAAUGGUAAAAACCGGUAACCAUUGACUUCUAUUAUAUUUGUUUUUCCUACAAUGGAAGACAAUGGUUUUCAACAUUCUUCAAACCAUCUUCUUUUGUUUUCGACAGAAAUAAAGGCACUCAUAAAAGUGUAUAUCUACCUAAGUGAGAGUAAAUAGUGAGCAAAUUCUUAUUUUUGGGUGAACUACCCCUUUAAAUCAUUCUGUUUGUAAUGUAAUUGAAGAUAUACUGAAAGAAAAACCCAUUGAGUUCAAUAGUAUUUUCUUUUUCUACUAUGAAUGUAAAUAGUUACCGGUUUCCAACAUUCUUCAGAGUAUCUUCUUUUGUGUUCAAUUGAAAAAAGAAACUCAGACAGGUUUUAAGCAGUGAGUAAAUGAUCAUUGUUUUUUGGGGUGUACUGUUCCUUUAAGAGCACAGAUGUAAACUGCACACAGAUGAUGCGACGGUUAAAACUGUGAAUGCAAUGACAAUCUUCAACUGUAACAAUCCAAUAUUCAGCGUUUCCUAAUCUGUAGUCUGAUCUUUAUUGACUUUACAUAUGAUUCAUGACCAUAAAAGAUCUCCUCAGUUCAUUCCUAAUGCACGUCCAGGCUUUAGGCUCCAUUUGUUUCAUGUUCACUCGAUGUUCUUUGCUCUUUUAUUUGAGUUUUUCUUUCCGUAGGUUAAAUAAAUGGACAUGUCCUGUUCG